AUGGCGUCAAUACCCGAGGCGCGCACCUCGUUCAACCUCAAAGUGCUUCGGCGGCACGAUGCCUCGAUCGUCGAGAUCGUCGAGACGGCGUCGUUUGUCGUGCUCUACAACUACAAUGGAGGCGAAUGGACCAAGACCGGCGUCGAAGGCCCGCUUUUCCUCUUCCGUCGUCGUCUACCGCCGUACAACGGCUUCUUCCUCAUGAAUCGCAACGGCGUGGAGAACUUCAGUGCGGAUGUAACGCAGGAGGACGAUCUGGAGAUUACGCCCGAGUUCAUCAUCUACCGACCCGAGACAAACGGCGACAACGAGGUGUACGGAAUCUGGGUGUUUGAGCCGGGCCAGCGCAUGGCGGUGGGUGACAAGCUGCUCAAGCUCCAGCAGAUGACCGAGCCACCAUCGCAGGCGCAGAUCGAGGCGGCGGUGGCAGCAUCUAGCUCCACCGUCGCGCUCGAGACAAGCACAAAGGAUAAGACGGACAAGAAGGAAAAGAAGGAAGCACAGCAGGCCGCACAGGCAGACAAGAAGAAGGCGAAGAAGAAGAAUGCCAAGGACAAGGACAAGAACAGCGAGCGCAAGGAGGUCGAAGUCGAGGCGGAGCCGGAGCCGGAGCCGGAGCCGGAGCAGACGACGCAGAUUAGCCUCGACGACCUGUUCGGCGGCGCUCCGGCAGCGUCAGUGCCGCAAGAGCUGGAAGAGGUACAGGGUGGACAGGCACAGCAGAAGGCAUCAGCGGAUGGAAGCUCGUUGCUCGACUCGAUGUUUGCAUCCGCAGUCUCGCUUGAAUCUGCGCCCGCGGCAGCUGCACCCUCGACCGAAAAGGAAGCUCCGGCACCGACGCCAGCAUCGACAGCAGCAGAUCCCGCGACUGCGCCACAGAGCAACGGUGCUUCGGCGCAGGGCAAGUCGAGCAUGUCGACGCUGAUCGAGCAGACCAUUCUGCAGCGCAUUGCGCUCGGCGACGAUGGCCAGCCGCUCUCGCGCCGCGAAUUCGUCACUGAACUCCUCAGCAUCAUCCACACCGAUCCGGCAUUCGUCACGGCGCUAUACGACACUUAUCUCGCACGCGUUGCUUAG